UGCGCAGCUUCCGGUUUCCUAUUUCCGUACACAAAAGCUCGGCUGAUGACGUGUAAACUCCUCUAACGUUAGCUAUCUAGCUAGGUGAGCCAUUGGUCAUAAUUAAAACUGUCGUAAUAAAGUAACGCGAUAAAGUAAAAGGAGGGAGAAGCGUUUCGUUAGAUCGGGAAAAAUGGAGACGCUUUACCACCAGACCAACAAGCAAAUCCAGGAGGUUCAGUCUCUAAUGGGACAUCUGGAGAAGACAGACCGACAGUCAGUUCACUUGUUAGAAAAUGAACUGCAAGCUAGAAUCGACCAGAUCUUCAAUCAUUUAGAACGCCUCGAGAUCCUGGCCAGCAAGGAACCACCAAACCGCCGCCAGAACGCCAAAUUACGAGUAGACCAGCUCAAGUAUGAUGUCCAGCACCUCCGGACUGCCCUGCAAAAUUUCCAGCACCGACGCUACGCCAGAGAGGCCCAGGAGAGAGAGAGGGAGGAACUCAUGAGCCGCACCUUCACAACCAAUGAUGCAGAUACCUCCAUCCCCAUAGAUGAGACCCUACAGUUUAACUCCAGCUUGCACAACGCACACAGAGGUAUGGAUGACCUCCUGGGCAGUGGCAGUAGCAUCCUCAAUGGUCUCAGAGAUCAGCGAUCUACGCUGAAGGGUACCCAUAAGAAGAUGCUGGAUGUGGCUAACAUGUUGGGGCUGUCAAACACAGUGAUGAGACUUAUAGAGAGGCGAGCCACCCAGGAUAAGUUCAUCAUGAUUGGAGGCAUGCUGCUGACCUGCGUCUUCAUGUUCCUGGUAAUCAGAUACCUGGGCUAACCUCGACCCAUCUGCAACGGCGGCUUUCUUUUUUUUGGAUCAGUCGUGGACUUUUCUGCAGCACAUCAUCCCUCAUGAUAUGAAUUUUAUAAAAAAAAAUUACUUUAAUAUUAAAAUUGUGCCCAUAUAUUUAGUUUUGUUUUAAUGAUUUGCAACCAUUUUUUAAUGGGAAGGUUGGAGAAGACCUUAAACUACAGACAGUAUUUUUAAAUCCAUGUGAAGCUCCGUCUGCUUUUUUUUUUUUUGUUCCUAAAACCACUCUGAAACUGUAAAUUUCUCCGGUGACUUUACCCAGAUGAUUUCUUAAAAAUACUUAACUGUUCCUCAAGUUGCUGUUGUCAGUGUCCUUCUGCCUUGAUAAACAUGGUUCUUAGAAAUACCAGAGGGCAAAUGCUUUGUAAUGCUCAGUGUUUCAUCACAGUGCAAUUUAGUAAUACUCACAGGAGACUCUUAUGUUCUAUGAUGUACUCAGUUACCAGUUUAUUAGCUACACCUGGCUUAUACAAUUUAAUGUGGUGGGCAAAAUAACAGGAACAAGUUAAUGCAAUAGUUCCUAGUACGUUAUGUAAAAUGACCAUAAAGUCAAAGAUUUUCAUCACAAACAGAACAUUAUGUCCUGCAUUCAUUCGGGACCUCCUGGGCUACUACAUUAGAUUUAGCAAGAUGUACCUAAUAAAAUGGGAACUGAUCAUACAUGUAACUAACAGUUCUGAGAAAAAUUACAGAAGCUGCAGUCCUUUCCUGUAACAUGCUUUCUUUUGGGUUUAUGCUUAGUUUUGUCUCACUAUGUGAGUGAUUUUAAGAAAAUUAAAUCCAUAAUUUUGUUUGUAAA